AUCUCGUAAAAAAAAAAUAAGAAGCAAAACCCUAAACCCUUUUUGCGCUGUUCUGUGUCCUCUUCCGAUCUGAUCUAUCGUCAAUGGCUUCCGCUUGCAGCAGAAUCGCGCAACGAACGUUAAUUUCGUCUGCAAAAUCCGUCAUUAAGUCCAAUGUUCGCGCUUCUUCCAAACCAACUUUAACCUCCGUUCCUCUUCGACAGUCCUUGUUGACCAGGAUCUCGCCGGAACUGAGAUGCGCACAGUCGCUGUUGCCGCUGCACAGUGCGGUGGCGGCGGCUAGAAUGACUUCUUGCUUGAGCGUAACUUCCAGAAGCUGCCGAGCGCUUUCUCAGGGUACUCUCUGCUGCACCUCUCCCGGCCUCUAAUACUUUCUUUUUCAAAAUUAUACGCAAAGUGCACAUAGUAAUUUGGAUUUUGCGGGACAAGCCAAUUAUGGCGUACUGCUUCAUUAUCAAGUAUGAAAAAAUUAGUGUUUGUUUAACAUAGUGUAAUCUCUUCAACCAAUAUUAGAAUAGAGCUUCGAUUUCUGCUAUUUUUAAAACAAAAUAUGUUGGCGGCUUCUGCACAUAUUUGAAGUUUGAUAGUGCCCUCGUUUUCCUUUUUGUGUGGGAAAUGAAAAUGGGAGGGAGAAAGAAGUUAGUGGAUGAAAUUGGUGAACAGAUCUUGUAUAAUACUAUAAAGUCUAUAUUCAUUGACCGUUUUCAUUUCUCAUA